AUGGAUAGCCUCACAAUCAAUUUGACCGAAAAAUUGAAAAGCCAACCGCCUGUAAAUGAUCAAAAUAGUGGAGAAGUUCCGAAUUUGUCUAAUAAUAAUGGACAACCUUCUUCUUCUAAUCCUAACGACAAUGGAGGGGAUAAUCCUAAAAAUAAUGAAUAUGAAUCUCAAAUUAAGGAUUUGCAAGAGACUGUAACUCGUCAGAACAUCGAAUAUAGUCGCCUUCUUAAUGAAUUGAAACAACGUAUUUCGCUGCAAGAACAGAAAGUUUUGGAAAAAGAGGAAAUAAUUAAACAAAAUCAGGAAAAAAUUGAAAAGCGGGAAGAGUUGAUUGCCAAACUUCUACGAGAGAAAAUUAGUGCUGAGGAACAGAAAAAGAACCUUGAAGAAUUAAACAAGAAACUUGAGGAAGGGAAAAAUAAAAGUGAAAAAGGUGAAACAAUAUUUAAUACUGUUGUUGAAGUUGGUGUUGGGGCGUUGGAGGCGCUGCUGGUGCGGUUAUUGAAGUGGUGGUUGGUGUUGUUAAGAGUGCGUUUAAGGCAGUUAAAAGUUUCUUUGGAUGGUUUUGUAGUUGAAUUGAAUAAAAAUUAUUUGAUGUCUUUGACAUUUUAAAUUUUAAAAUGAAUUUUUGAGUUUUAUAAUUUAUUGGUUUCUUUUUUGAAAUAAAUUUAUUUUACGAUUUUUAUUAAACAAUUUUUAUUCUUCUCCCCUUCUUGUCUGACAUUUAUUGUUACACGGAUCUUCUUCACUUUCCAAAUUUUCGUCUUCAUUUACUGGCGCUAAUGGUAAGUGGAAAGGUCUCGUUGGUUGAUGCUUUUCAGGCGAUGUUGGUAAAGGUAAUGAAGUGGUAGUGAGUAAUACUGGUGCAGAUAACUUCUAAAAAUUUAUUUUUAAAAUGGGAAGCUGAGAAUUUAAAUAAUUCUUGGAUAAAUUGGAAUAUUAAUACAGUAAGGUGCAAAAGUUUAUGCGGCGGCACAUUGCAGGCAGGGAAAUCGAUAUAUC